AAAUCCAUGAUCAGGGAGUGUUGGCGGCGUAGGACAACAUUCGAGAGUUGCUCUAUCCACGAAUCGAUGUGUAAUCUUGUUCCGGAAGCAACGUUACUACCUUACGGAUCCUGGGGUGGGGCAGUGAUUUCUGAGAUUAGUCAACACACAAGGCAGAGUUGGUUUCGGUUGGAUUAUGUUUUGGGGCACUUUUAGAUGAAUAAUCGCGUACAGAUAUAUUUAUCUAAACUUAAGGGGAGGAAAGUGAGGUGGGUUCCUUGGAGUUAUUGGCGAGGAAUUAGCCGGUGACGUUUUGGCAAUCCUGGCCACCGUCGUUGGCCCGCAUCGUAAGCAACCAUGCAAACGUUGCUCGUUUCUGCCUUUCAACUACAAAGCAAUCGUCUCGCUGCGGACUUGCGCAUAUUCUCUGCGGACUUUGCCAGGUGCUGUUGCAGAUCGGAAGUAAUUAUCGGGUAGCGAGUUUGUAAGACGAGGGAGAUUGUUUUUGUGGGGAAGGAUUACAGCGGCGUUGCAGUCAUGGAGAAGUCCACGAUGCGCCAGCAGGUGUUGCUUGACCACUUGAAGCCCGAGACUGGGCGAAGGGCGGUUGCUAAUGUUGUGUCGUCGAUCUGCUCCGCCAACGACAGUGCACCUUACGCACGUACCACCGACUUCCUAGACGAUGUCGUUAUUGUGGCUGCGUAUCGCACGGCGAUUUGCAGGGCGAAGAGGGGAGGAUUCAAGGAUACUUAUCCCGAUGACCUGUUGGCGCCAGUCCUUAGAGCUGUCGUUGAGAAGACAGGCGUCAGUCCUGCCGAGAUCGGUGACAUUGUGAUAGGCAGUGUCCUCGCACCUGGUGCUCAGCGUGCUAAUGAGUGCCGUAUGGCUGCGUUUUUCGCUGGAUUCCCAGAAACUGUGCCCGUUAGAACUGUGAACAGGCAAUGCUCAUCUGGACUGCAAGCUGUUGCGGAUGUAGCGGCAGCUAUUAAAGCAGGUUUCUAUGAUAUUGGUAUUGGAGGUGGAUUGGAGUCGAUGACUGUUAAUCCCAUGGCUUGGGAAGGCUCCGUUAAUCCAAGGGUGGAGGCUGAUCAAAGAGCUCAAGAUUGUCUACUACCCAUGGGUAUCACUUCCGAGAACGUCGCAGAGCGCUAUGGAGUUGGUCGCAGACAGCAAGAUGAAGCAGCAGUCAAAUCGCAUGCGAAGGCAGCAGCUGCCAGAGCCUCUGGCAGGUUCAAGGAUGAGAUUAUUCCUGUGCAGACCAAGAUUGUAAAUCCUAAAACUGGAGAUGAGAAGAAGGUAGUCAUCUCAGAGGAUGACGGUAUUCGACCUGGGACAUCCCUCGCUGAUUUGUCAAAGUUGAAGACAGUUUUUAAGAAGUCUGGCACGACUACUGCAGGAAAUUCUUCGCAAGUGAGUGAUGGAGCAGCUGCUGUGCUGCUCAUGAAACGCAGGACUGCUUUGGAGAAGAAUUUGCCUGUUCUAGGUGUCUUCAGGAGCUUCGCUGCUGUAGGUGUGGACCCAUCUGUUAUGGGUAUCGGUCCUGCUGUUGCCAUUCCCGCUGCUGUUAAGGCAGCUGGCCUAGAGCUCAGCGACAUCGACCUUUUUGAAAUCAACGAGGCAUUUGCAUCACAGUUCACAUACUGUGCUCAAGAGCUGGGACUAGAUGAAGAGAAGGUGAAUGUGAAUGGAGGUGCUAUGGCUCUUGGUCAUCCUCUUGGUGCCACAGGUGCACGAUGCACGGCAACUCUCUUGCACGAGAUGAAGAAACGUGGCAAGGAUUGUCGAUUCGGUAUCGUGUCGAUGUGUAUUGGAUCUGGUAUGGGAGCUGCUGCAGUGUUUGAGCAGGGAGGUGCCAUAGAUCCGCUCAGCAAUGCGCGGGCUGUUGGUCAAAACAACUUGCUCUCAAGAGAUGCAAAGUAGACAGUUGGUAGCAUAUAAGCCCACAUUUAAAGUUGCUAUGAUUCUGUAAAGAUAUCUGUCCAUGGAUUUUGUUCCACAAUGCGCGAUCAACUUUAUUCAUUUCCCAUUCUGAAGUUUUCAGGUUU